AUGCCUGUCUCAUCAGAAUGCUCGGAUGUCUCUUAUUCGGACACAGAGAUCGUCUUUCCACAAUUGAAAAGAAUCACGAGGAUAGCCGUACUCGGUCAAAUCUCGGCUUUCUACGUGCAGACUUCGAUGGGCGAUGCACCACCACGAAAUGUGCAGACGUCAACCGGGAAAAAUAUGGUCCUCUACUCAUCACUUUCCAACAUUCCAUCUUGGCAACAUAUCGAUCUCCUCGUGAACCUCGUUCGAAUCAUUUCCGUCUAUAAAGACAACAAAAAGCAUCAGCCAGCUCUUGUAAUGACUGUUUGUGAUUACGACUCUCGAAUGUUAUCUCUUUCGGAUUCUCCAUUCUCGGUGGAUGUCUCGAAAACAGCUCUAGUUGCAAUGUACGAAAAUGAGCUCACUGUACAGUUUCGAACUUUUCGCUCGGGCCUCUUUUUCUUUUCUCUAUCCGAUCAUGGAGAUGUCCUUAUAGCUCAAAUUAUUCAAGGAACUAUUCAAGUGAUCUUUGAUUUUGGUUCUCUAUCACCAUCGAAAAUCUCGGGUGGUCGAGCGCUUGACGAUGGGGAAUGGCAUGAGAUGAGAUGGGUACAUCAGUUUGACUCUGUUCAAUUGAGUAUCGAUGGAGUCCUUCUAAAUCAAACCACUCCAACUGGACUCUACAGAAAACUCGAUUUGCAUUCACAGGUGCAUGUAGCCGGCCGACCGCCAGACGAAUUCUCACCUAAUGUCGAGUCCUCGUUUCACGGAUGUUUGGCAAGAAUGGCGUUGAAUGGAGUGGAUUUACUGGCGCACGCUCCAUCCGAUUUCGACGCACCGUGUCAGAUGGCUCGUCCUCCAGCAAUCUCUCUCCACCCAGGUGCAUCUGCUUGGGUUCCUUUCUCGUUUCUCCCAUUCUCUUUCGAAUUCCGAACUCUCCCCACUCCAUCAAUUCUUCUACAUCUACUCGACACAAAGAAUGGAACUUUGCUCAAGAUAACCCUCGAAGACGGGAAAACGUUGCAGUUGAUCUCGAACUUCACCAAGUUCAAACAGAUCUCACAUCCUGCGAUUUCGGUGGCCGAUGGUGGUUGGCAUGGGUUAUCGCUGAGAAUUCGAGGGUCAAGACUCGAGGUGGAUAUCGAUGGUUUCACUGUGCUGUGGUUGGAGGGAUCGGAGGUGCGUCGAAUCUCCGUCCAUCUCUCCUCACUGGUGAUCGCUUCACCGGGUUGUUACCGCUCGACGACUCUUGAUUUCGCGACGGUGAGAACUGAGGGAAAAGUGGAGCGGAUGAAGUGUGCAAUGAUUGAUCGUUGCUUGCCAAACCCAUGCGCAAACGGUGGUGAAUGCUCGCAGAUCUCGUUAACAGAGUACACUUGCGAUUGUCCAAAAGGUUAUUCUGGGACAAAUUGCUUUACUUCCGAGCACUAUCGUUCUUGUGAGGAAUGGUUUUUCUUUCGAGAUCGAAAGCUUAAGAAAAGCGAGCCAAUGAAUGCAAAGCUACGAAAUGUGACAGUGGACAUUGAUGGUGGAUCAAAAUUGAGAUCAUUUAUGAUGCAAUGUAAACGAGACGUUGAAUUGAAUGGGGGAAAUGUUGUGAUAACAACUAUGUUGAGUCAUGAUCUUAUCAAUCCUGUAAUCGUUUCUGGAGAACAGAAACCAGGAGCCGUUAAAAGAGGGCUUGAUUACGGGCUGGCACAGGAGGAAAUGGAUGCUUUAGUCGAAGGGUUUGAUGAAUGUCAACAAUGGAUGUCCUAUAGUUGUCGGGGAGGGGCACGUUUAAUGACAUACAAUGAUGAGAGGACACCAUCAAGUUGGUAUGCGACAAGAAGUGAUAAACAUGCGCUACAAUGGGGAGAGGCUCCACCCUACUCUCGGAUGUGCAGUUGUGCGGUGAAUUCAACUUGUAUUCAUAACAGAAUGUGCAACUGUGACUCAGGCGAAGAUGGGGUUGAUGUCGGUUGGAAUCCUUUCCCACAACUUCUUCCAGUCACAGCUCUUUAUUUGGGCGGUACAAGCAGCACCUCAGCCGUCAAUGUAUCCAUUGGACCGUUGAUUUGUAGAAAUAAAAUGGUCUUCGAAUCGGUGACAUUCAGCUCGAAAAACGCGCGAUUAUCCGGUUCUUCUCGUCCUCCAACCGAUCAUUUCUCUUUACUUCUUCACAUUCGUUUCACUCAUUCAUUACUCUCAAUUUUCACUUGGGAAAGCGUCGACGGGUUGCAUUGGUUUCAACUUUAUAUUAAAGGUGGUCAACUCAUUGGAGAGAUUGUAAAUGGCGGUGAAACGGUGACUCUAUCAACAAAGAAAGCAUUCAACGAUGGAAAAUGGCAUUCAAUCUAUUGGGAAGCUGACUCUUUGGGCAUGCGAUUGAGUGUUGAUGGAUCGACUGUUCAUUACAAGGGUCUUAUCUUGCUUCCAAAUGUACAUCAAUGGACAUUUGGAUCAAGAGAGGGCAAAGGGUUGACGGGAUUCGCGGGAGUACUCAGGAAUAUCUAUCUUUGUGGAGAGGAGAUCGUUUUGGGGAACUCGGCUAGAAAGGCGCCUGUGAAAGGGGUUGAGAUUGGAGAGGGUGGAUCCUGUCAACCAGGUUUCUGUCACAAUGGUGGUUUAUGCGUUGAUGGCUUCGAUUCACAUCGUUGCGAUUGCUCGUUGACACCUUUUGGAGGACACGAUUGCACAAAAGAAUACGGUAUGUGGGUACCAUUGAACUCUUCACUCGAGAUCCCAUGGCAAAACCCGAAUCAACAAGAUCUUUGUCAUCGAAUGGCUAUUCAAACAGCUUCCUCAAACAUUUCUUUGAUUCAUGGACGCUCACUCUUUUCCGCAGCUCGUUUCAAUUUGUCGAUGAGUGGGAAAGGCCAUCUCUCUGUGAUCGGCUGGGAUGGGUUUAUGUUCACGCAUCGAAAAUCGGAUCGAAGUGUUGUGGUGAACGAUGAACGACUCCACGAUAUCACCCUUUGCGCUAACAAAAGCGGCCUCAAAAUGAGUGUUGAUGGCCUUCCACUAAUCACUCUCGAUGGGAAUUGGACCUUUUUUGAGACGCUCAACGUUUGGGAAAUUCUCGAUAAGAAUUUCACUGGUUGCGUCUCACGACUACGAGUGGGAAACUCUUUUCCGUUGAAAAACGCGAAAGCUUCCCGUUUAAAACACACAGGAAAUAUUCGAUUCGGGACUUGUCCAGUGAAUAGUCUAGAGGUUAGCCAAGAAGAGCCGACAAGUACCCCGUUCGAUGAGAUCUCGAUUUCGUCCGUUGUUAGAAGUCGAGCCGCCGUCAUUUCAUUAACAUCAAUUGGUGGCGCUUGUUUGGGUGGAGUUCUACUGUUAACACUUUGCGUUUUGGUAUGUUGGAUGAGAUCAAGACCAGAGGGAGUCUAUAAGACAAAUGAGGGUGUCGAGCAAUACAGUGGCUCAGGCUCACGAUCGGAAGAGCCACUCGUUCAGAGCACUCUCUCAAAUAAAGAAUACUUUUGU